AUGAACGCCGACCAGACGCGGAUGAUAGCACGACCUCCUUCACCCAAUCAGCCGAUGGAGUUCAGAAAGAAAGAUGGAACUCCUUCGAAAAUGCGCUCUCACAAUGGAAACAUUCCAAUGCUACCUCAAACAAAACUCUGUCCUCACUGUCCCGCCAAGUUCACAAGAACAACUCAUUUGAACAGACACCUGAGAAAUCAUACCAAUGAAAGGCUUCACAAUUGCAACAUCUGCGGCGCGCAGUUCACCCGAAGCGAUCUACUAUCCAGGCAUAAGAAAGGAUGCAAUGAACAGACCGACCGCACUCGCCGUAAAUCUUGCGUUGCCUGCACAGAGUCUAAAAUCAAAUGUGACCGUCAAACGCCUUGUGCGAAAUGCACUUCCAAAGGGAAAAUAUGUGUAUAUGCUCUAUCAACUAGGAGAAGUUCCAGCCGCAGAUAUGUGGACGACAUUCAGCCCUCUUCUCCCCUUACUACCUCAUCGCCCAUAGUCGGUGCCAUCGAUCCAUCAAACUAUCCCCCUACCCUACUGGCAACCGCUGCUUCCCAUAGUCCAGGCAGCGAGGCCGGUCCUUCGUCGAUAGCCAGUUCCUCACAGCAUUCAGAUGAAACAGGAACAGAAAUAGACACACAAGUUGAAGAGACGACGAAUACACCCCUCACGUCUUUAUACAAUGGGGAUAUGUUCGAACCGCUCUUCAGUAAUGUGUUCGCGACGCUUGACUCACCUUAUUCCGGAGAUUCAUCUCCGCUCGAUACUCCUGGUGCUUUAGGCGGUUCUUCCUCGAUGUUCCCGUUUGGUGUUUUCUUCGGGGACUAUGUACCCUUUCAAGAGAGUCAAGGCCUCGUCAGCUUGAAUGAUGGUGUUUCGAACAUGUCCGCUUUAUCUAUUCAGCCCGCUGUCAGCCACGUGCGGCAUAUACCCCCAUCCUCAGUUCCUGAGGACUCUAUGGAUCCUGAACACAAACACUACCUUCAACUCUUUUUCACUGUGUUCUUGGAACAGAUGCCAAUUGUACAUCCACAUACGUUCUCCGUCGAGGGUAGACCACCUCUUUUACUCAGUGCGAUGCAGGCCUGUGGUGCACUAUAUGUGAAGACUCGACAGGCCGCUACCUUCAUUCUCAAUACGCUUACAGCUGCCCGAGAGUUGCUGGUCGAGGAAUUUGCCAAAAUUGAUUAUGCUAGCCCCAGUAAUCAAUUGAACCUGAUCAUUGCUGUUGUUCUUCUACAGACAGUGGGCCUGUUCCAUCAGAAAUCGGACCAGCGCGCUUCUUCCGGUCUUUACCACGGUAGGGCACAUUUUCCUUGUCUGUUGUCGGCACUAAUGUUCACGGUUCAAUUUAUUUUUAGGAAUGCUGGUGAUGAUGAUCAGGCGUUCACAGUCCUUAACCAAAGUAGUUGGCUGGAACCCCGAUGCUUUUGCAACACUCCCUUUGGAGGUUCAAUGGCAAGAAUGGGCAAACCAUGA